CCUCCGUGUUUUCUUUCGCCACAACGUUUUUCUUUUCCUCUGAUUAAAACCGUAACCAUCUUCUCUCUCUAUACCCAUUUUCGACGUUCUAUGGCCAAAUCCGCCGCACAGAAAACCUACCCACCGCCGUCGCCGUCGCCAUCACCUGCUAAUCUCUGCCGCAGAAGCUUGAUUCCCUCCUCCGCCAUGCCUCCGCAAAACGGCACCCUUUCCCCUGCUCCACCGCCGUCCCCGAUUGACUUGAGGCUCCUCUCCAAGUCAUCUUCUCAAUCCUACACCUCCCUCAAGGACAUCCUUCCCUCCUCCGCCGUCGCCGUCAACUCUCCCACCGCCGCUUCCCCCGCUAACUCCGGCUACGAAAUCUUGAUCCGCAACCGCCUCGUUAAGCAGGCCGCUUGGGCUUAUCUCCAACCUAUGUCCGCUUCGUCCUAUUCCGCUGGCCCCAAUCUUUUCCACGGUUUAUGGCUCCGAUUCUCUACCGGAAAUCCGAUCUCCAGUUGUCUCGGAUUCAUCAGAGGCUGUAUCAUUCCGUCAAUAAUCCGAGUCUUCCGGUCCUGCAUUUGCCUAUGACGGCGUGGUUUUCUCGGGGAUUUUGGAUUGGCCUAUUGACGACGACGACUUCUUCAGCCGCUGUAAUUGACCUAAAUCGAUUCGAUUUCGCUGUAUAAAUCGCUCUUAUUUUCAAUUUCCAUGCACAAAUUAGCAAAAUCCAAUCUCUAAGGAGACUAGAUUUUCCAAAUACAUUCAUAAAAAUAGACACAGUUUCAACAUUCGAAUAAAUUCGCAACAUAGAAUUCCAUUUUCAA